AUGAAGAAGACGCGCAUGUCCAUCGAUGACAUCCACGCGAUGGUUGGCAGCAUCCGCGCCAACGUGGUGAAUAUGCGUGUGACCAAUAUUUACGACGUGCAGGGACAGGGAGAUAGCGGUGCAGCCAAGACAUAUAUCCUCAAGCUUCACCAACCGCCGUUCCCCAAGGUAUUUCUACUACUCGAGUCUGGCGUGCGCUUUCACACCAGCAAAUACGCACGUGAUGCCAAGGCUGGUAAUGCUCUGCCCAGCCAAUUUACGAUGAAGUUGCGGAAGCAUCUGCGUGGCAAGAGGCUGUCGGCACUCACGCAGCUGGAAGGGGAUCGCGUCGUGGACUUUACGUUUGGCCAGGAUGCACUCAAAUGCCACCUCAUUCUGGAGCUGUACGCGUCUGGCAACAUCAUCCUCACAGACGGAGACUACCGCAUCUUGUCGCUGCUGCGCACACAUCGCUUCGACGAGAACGUCAAGAUGGCGGUCAAGCAGGAGUAUCCCGUGCAGCUUCUAGGUGAUCAGGAGAAGCAGCGCGGUAUCCAGACCACGGAACAGCUCACCGAGUUCGUUAACAGGUGGUUUGAGCAACAAGAGGCCAAGGCGGCGAUCGCGCUGCCGGGCAAGACGCAGAAGAAGAAAAAGGCGCAGACCAUCAAGCAGCUACUGUUGGUCAAGGAGUCAACGUUCGGUGGAUUAGGUCCCGUUAUUAUCGAGCACUGUCUGGUGCGCGCGGCUAUCUCGCCUACGCUGAAGAUCAAGAACGCUGCGGAGUUUACAACUCUCGGAGAGGACAAAUUAGCUGCCUUAUUGGCUGAAAUCCAGGAAGGCUGGAAGCUGUUGGAGAGACUGCAGGACGAACAGACAUCGGUCAAUGGCCCUGUACCUCUUCAAAGUGAUGAUACUGCUGACACAGGAGACAGCGACGAGGAAGAUGCUGCACCUGUUGCUAAAGACCCGUCUACGACUUCGCAGAAGUGCGGAUUCAUCAUCUUAAAGGACGUAGCGGGUGAAAAUGCCCCAGAGCAGUUCGAGGAGUUCACGCCCUAUCUGUAUGCGCAGCACCUGCAAGCAUACAAGAAGGUGAAGAGCUUUGAUACGUUUGAUGAGGCAGUGGAUGAGUAUUUCUCGCGCUUUGAGGCGGAGACUGCCGAGGUGGCGAAGCAGAGCGCUCAGCUUGCAGCGGAGAACAAACUCGCGAAGCUCAAGAAGAAUCAGCAGCAGCAACUCGCUCAGCUGCGUGAGGUUCAGGAGCAGAGCUUCCAGGAUGCGCAGCUCAUUGAAGCCAACCAACAAGAUGUGGAGAAUGUCCUGCUCGUUAUUCGAAGCGCACUGGCUAGCGGUAUGGAUUGGCGUGGUCUGGAGGAACUUGUACGCUACGAACAGAAGAACGGCAACCCCGUGGCCAGCCUCAUUCACCAACUUGACCUGGAACACAAUCGUGUAGCUAUUUUACUCUGCGAUAGCGAUGAGGACGACUACGAGGACGGCGGUGAUGGCACAGGUGAGGAAGACAAGAAGGCUCAUGUCAUCUGGAUCGACUUGUCGCUUUCGGCUCUGGCCAAUGCUCGAGAAAUCUACACCAAGAAAAAGAAAGCCGGUGCGAAGGUGAAGAAAGCCACCGAAGCGACCGACAAGGCCAUCGCACUGGCUGAAAAGAAUACUAAAAAGACCCUCGAGAAGCAGCAGACCAAGCGCAAUGUCAUCUACCAGCGACGCAAAACACUCUGGUUCGAGAAGUUCCACUGGUUCCUCACCAACGAGAAAUACCUGGUCGUCGCAGGCAAAGACGCUCAUCAGAACGAGCUGCUAGUGAAGAGAUAUCUGCGCAAGGGUGACGUUUAUGUCCACGCCGAUCUCCAUGGUGCUGCGACGUGUAUUGUGCGCAACCAUGCGACGGUGAAGGACAAAAAGACUCAGGAGCUCCCGUCGAUUCCUGUGGCUACGCUUGAGCAGGCAGGAUGCAUGAGUGUGUGUCGAAGCAAUGCUUGGACUAGCCAGGUGAUUGCUGGUGCCUACUGGGUGCAUGCAGACCAGGUCUCGAAGACAGCCCCCGCUGGCGAGUACCUUACGACGGGUAGCUUUAUGAUUCGUGGCAAGAAGAACUACAUCCAGCCUUCAAGACUCGAGAUGGGGUUGGCGAUUCUUUUUCGAAUAGACGAUAGCUGUAUCGGCAACCACGCUCGACAAGGCGAAGGAAGAGAUCUCCGUGUAGCUGAAGGUCCUGAGGAUGAUGCUGGCGAGGAAAACGACGAAAACGACGCUGAAGAGGAAGACGCUGCUGAUGCUUCUACGGAGCGUGGAGGUAAGAAGCGCCUGUCAGUGAAGGAGCGUCGUGACCUGAAGAAGGGCAAGACGCCCGAGUUGAUAGGUGAGCAGCCUCCAGCUCAGCAACAGCGCAAGGGAAAAGAUAAGGCUUCUGUCCUGACGGCACAGAAGAAGAGUGUUCGUGGUAAGAAGGGCAAGAUGAAGAAGAUGAAGAAGAAAUACGCUGAUCAGGACGACGAGGACCGUCGACUACGCAUGGAAGCUCUGGGCCACGUCGUUGAAGAAGAACAGGAGGACGAAGAGCCGACGAAAGAGAACGACCCGGCCGAGCAAUCAGGAGACGAGGACGGAGAAUACGUCGCCGGUGGUAACGCUCAGACAGAAGUGAGUGAGGAAUACAUUCGCCAGCAACGUGAGAAGAAGGAGAAAUACCUCGAUGAACAAGAGGACGAGGCUGAAGGCGUCGAUUUCUUCGAUGCCUUCACAGGCGAGCCGCUUCCCAAUGAUAUUGUGCUGUUCGCAAUGCCCAUGUGCGCUCCGUACGCAUCGCUGACCAAGUUCAAGUACAAGGUGAAGCUGACGCCGGGUAGCCAGAAGAAGGGCAAGGCGGCGAAGCAGGCGAUGGAGCACUUUUUCGCCUCCAACCUCAAGGACGAGAAGGAUUCUAGCAAGGUGAGCGGCUCUCACGGGAACGGCGACGCGGACGAGGAGGCUCAGCCAGACGUGAACCCGGUCGUGGUGCAGCGCGAGCUCAUGCGCUGCAUCCUGGACAACGAGCUGGUGAACUGUAUGGUCGGCCCUGUCAAGAUCUCAGCGCCAGGUCUGCACGGCCCCAACGCAGGCGGCAAGAAAGGGGGCAAGCGUCCGUCCGGCAAGCCCAAGAAGGGCAAGAAGUAG